UUGCCGUCGUUGUCGUCGUCUUCGUCGUUGUCGUUGCCCCCCGUGCGAAGUGGUUUAAGUCACACGAAAUCCCCGACGGGUCCCGACGAGCGGCCCCGACGACGUUGCCGCCGGCGCGUCGACGGAUUGGCGCGAGGACGCCGUCGAGUCGGUAAAAUGGUCGCGCUCCACCGCGGGUCUCUCUAACCCCCCGCCGUCGCUGUUUACCCGCCUCCCCCGCGAGAGACUCGGCUUGGUUAGGUUGCUCGCGGUUGAGGCCCGCGCGCGGUCCUAUGACACUGGUGCGCCGUCGCGCGUGUCUCCCGCGCUGGUCCACGCUGACGAUGUGACGCGCCGUCGGAGCCCACGACUUUGUUGAUUUCGAUGGAUAACGCGCGCGCGAUGGCGAGCAACGACUUCGACGCUGAACAGUUUGAGCGGAGGCUCCACACGCUCAAGGACUCCCAGGAGUCCAUCCAGGGCCUCUCCGCGUGGUGCCUGGACCGGAGGCAGCAUCACAAGAAGAUUGUCGCCACAUGGCUGCAGGUUUUAAAGAAAGUGAAAGUGGAGCACCGGCUCACGUUGUUCUAUUUGGCGAACGACGUUAUUCAGUACUCGAAGAGGAAGAAUUUUGAGUUUGUGGAAUCAUGGGGUACCACUCUGCAACGCGCGACCCCCAUGGUCCGCGACGAGAAGGUGAAGCAUCGUAUACUGAGAAUCUUCAAGAUCUGGGACCAGCGGCAGGUCUACGACGAGGAAUUUCUCGCCGACUUGUCCGGUUUAAUUUCGGCGGCGCCGAAAAAGAAACUGGAUCCCCCGCCAAGCACGCAGCCGGAGGAGUUUCAGGCGGCUCUGCUCAUCUCCACGAUGAGGUCCUGCGCGACUCUGGAACAAGCCACCGACGCCAGACUGCGCGACCUACGGGAGAGCAACAUAGACAUAGAAUCCGCAGAGGAGCUGCGCGCGUCGUUGAAGGACAGAAGGCGCAUGGAAGAUGCAGAGAAGGAGAUAGACUUGGUCGCCAGGAACGUCGAGAAUUAUGUUCGUGCGUUAGAGGCGGAGAUUAGGGAAAGGACACAAGUGGUUGAACUGUUGGAGCAAGCGGAUCAGUUUUACGAGACCCAACGCGGGGAAGUUAAAAUAGUGACGAACGCGUAUCGAAAUUUUGGCAGUCGCGUCAAAAACCUGAAGAAAAAGUUGGACGAGUUACUACCUACGUUCAUCUCGCCUAUACCGUCGCCGGACAUAAACGCGCCCUCGCCGAGUCCCGACAGUGACAUAGAGCUGCCAGGAGAUGAAACUCAGCCAGUGAACAAUCAGUCGGGAAUGCUCGACGUCGCACCGCCGUCUAUCUACGGUUCAUAUUCUCACGAGUACGAUCCUAUACCUGUGCCGGCACCCGAGUUGGCGCAGGCCAAUGAGACGACAGACUUUACCAAUAAUUUCCCCUCGUUCAUGGGAGGAAAUGUAGAUUUUGGUAAUAUGAGAAAUUUGUUUAACGAGAGCUCUGAGACCUCUCCCGGGAUGCCAGUACAGUACAAUGAAUCUUUAGAGGCAAAACCGAUAGAAGUAAUCAAUAUGAGACCUUCGAAGAAUGAAAAGAACAAUGCGGACUUCAAUAUAUCUAGUUUUCUCAAGACGGUUCUUCCAUCCUCCGAUGGAACGUCCGAGUCAGGUGGAAUUCCAGGUCUAGGCCUGGACGUUGCCGAAAAUCGAGUAGAAUCGCCGCAACGUCCCAACUAUAGACAUUCGCCCUCGUUGGGUCCGCACCCCGUAACACCUGUGAUCUCGAGAAUCAUAAGUAGUCAGGGUACACCGUCCCUCAGUGGGAGCGGUGGUUUAAACAAUUGCCAGAUGAGUCACAGUACCCCGUUGGCGGUUCGCAAUCUAUCGGAGUCGCACACACCCUCCCCGUAUUCCAGUCAGAAUAGUCAAAGUAACAUAACUGGUCCCUUUGAUGGCUCUACUAACACCAAUACGGUUAAUCCUUUGCCUCCUCCACCUUUACCGCCGCCUAUCUUCCUCGACGAUGAGAAUUGUUACAAUAAACUGCCGCCGAAAUUCCCCACGUGGACGCCGCCGAACGAGGGUAUUAAGGACUCCGCAAAAUGGGAAGAAAAAGGCAAGAACAGUAUGAAUCCUACAUGGCCUGGUGAAUGCGAUGAUAAAAACAAAAGUUCGUGGAUGGACGGCGAUGGAGACAGGUGGGACUCCAAUAACGAUUCCACAUGGCCGGUCGGUGGCAGGACGAAAAAUGAUAUGCUGUCCGAGACUCCCGAAUCGCCGCCUAUGUACGAGAAGGCUGGCUUCGCCGAACCGGUGGAGUACAACGAACCGCAACCACAAGAAUCUCUAAAUACCACAGGAGAUGUGGAUCAUAGAGUGAUUCCAAUCCCAAUGGCCCGCGAGAAUCAGCUACCGUAUCGUCUGAUGAAAGCGGGUGAUGUGGAUCAUCGUAAUUUAAUCAGUCUGACUGGCAGCCCGGCAAAUCAUCAUAAUCUUGGUGAUACGUCGCUGUCUUCUUUAUCCAAUAACAAUAGUCUAUGGUCCACCGGCGAUCAAGAUUAUCGGCGACACAUGCAAUCUGGUGAUAUUGUCGAGAGUGUUGACAUGGAGAUGUCGGAUGACGAGACUGAUAGCAAACCGAAAGGCAGGGUUCUCGUCGAUCUAAGGUUGCAGGAUCGCGACAUGCGUGUCGGUAUACCGCCAUCGUCUCAUCACGACAUGGAUAUGCGUAUGAUUCCUCUUCCCAUCGGGCAAAUGCCCGGCCCACGUGAUAGUCAACUCAUGCAAGAUGUACACUUGAUGCGCUCGGGACCGCCUCCACCGCCGCCGCUACCGCAAUUUCAGCAUCAGGGUCAGGGUGGUUUCCGGCAAGAACAGCCGGAAUUUCCCCACUGCAAACAAUCGGUGGACUUUCAUUCGAAUCAACCAAAGUUUCAGCAGAACAGAGCACCGAACUUCCUGCGGAAUCAACAGGACUUUCAUUCAAAUCAACCAGAUUUUCAUCAACUUCGUCAGCCGCAGCAGGACUUUGAAUAUCGCGAUAGAGAACACAAUAUCCGUUCCAAGCAAGACUUUUUGACGGAAUCACCGGGACGCGGAAGAUACCCGCAAUCGGCAGACCACCAGCAUCCACACGACAAUUCGUCCUUUCAUAGGAACGAGUGGAACAAUCGUGGUGGCGACCGUGGAUUUCCGAGGAAUCGCCGAGACAGAUACUCGGAAGAUCACAAUAUACAAAAGCAGCGGAAUAAUCUGAUAAACAGCCGCAAGGCGAGAUCGCAGGAACAACAACAGCAUCACCCAUCGUCGUCGGAGAUCCUGCCCAACAAUCGAUCGUUACUGCAACCACCUGACACCGCUGUUAUCUUCGACGAGGAAGGCAGGCCGAUCGGCAUGCCGGAAUUCGAUCAGGACAACAACGCGAUAUCUAACAAAACGGACGCUCAAGCGGAACCAGAACGCGAUUCCGAUAACUGCCAGAGCUCCUCGGUAUCACACGCACGGCGAACUUCGCACGACAUGCCGAGUACUCACGAUUCCGAACGCAACAAACAGCAGCAAGGUUAUCAGUUAGGCUCCGAACACGAGCAGCGAGCGUCAUCUUCGGCCGAGUCGGAAGAACAGCCAUCGUCGAUGAAUCAAGUGACGGUUAUUCCGAUAAGGGCGGAUAAGAUCGGCGAUGAAUCGCAACAAAAGCAGCACGUUCCUACUUCGGACUGCGAGGAGCGCGUUGAGUCCUCGACCGAGCACUCCGAUCUCGCGGAGAAGGCAAGUGCGCCCGACAACGAAUCGAUUAAUCAGGGACAGAACGUGAAUUCCACGGAAAAGGAAUCGUUGGACGAGUCAAUGAGUUCGAGCGCGUUAGGUAAAGAGAUGAAGAGAACGACGAACGGCGAUUGCGAUGAGCAAAGUCACGAAGAGGGAAGCCCGAACAAAAAAAGGCCGCUCUUGCAGAACGGGCCACAAAUCCCGAACGAUGACUUGUCUGGCCCGAACGGUCCUACGCUGAUAACGGAAUCGCAUCCCGCCAUGAUGUACGAAUACGACGGGCCAAACUUCCGGCCGCGCCUUGGCGCACCUUUUCCACUCUGGCGGGGCGGACCUCCUCCGCCUUCUUCUAGAGGAGGCAGAGGAGGUUUCAGGGGUGGGCCCGUGGGAUUGCCACGGGGCCCGUGGAUGGACAGGGGGCCACGUGGUCCCGCAGCCGGUAACUUCGCGCCGAGAGGAUUGAAGCGUGGAGGCAAACAGUUUUGGGGCGGCGGUGGUUUCAGAGGCCGGGGACGAGGCAGUAAUUGGUAGAUAAAGCGAGAAACCUUGAAAGACUCGGCGACUCCGCGUCGUCAUAAUCCGACCGGAUACACACGCGAAGCGCGUUUCGCAUUCUGUAAAUAAACAAACUGACACGCUUCGAUAUUCACACGCGUGUGCGCUCCUGCGCGUGCCCACACACACGUACACGUGUACGUACACUUACACUUGAUACAUACACACACAUAUACUCACACACAGAUAGAUAUAUAUAUAUAUAUACAGAUAUAUAAAAGUAGACAGAUUCGGUUGGUUCCGUUGGAACAGUGAGAUCUUCGGUAAUGAAGAUUCUUCACGUUCUCCUGUGCGAUUGAUUCGCCUAUAUAAAUAUAUAAAUAAAAGAAACUAUAUAUAUGUAUAUAUAUGUGCAUAUACAUAGAUAUGUAUAUGUGUAUAUAUACAUAGAUAUAUGUAUACUUAGUACAUGUUUCGUUAAAAUCUUAACGAGUGUUAAUAAAGCGGCUUGCGUUCGCAUACAUGUAUAUACAUGUGUACACACAUAUGCGCUAUUAUCGAUCCCAAAUAAUUAGGGGCAACGUACAAUGAAUGAUCUGGAUGCGAUACGUCGCUCGUAGUCGCUGCGAUAAUGACCACAAUCGUCGCCACUCGCGUAGGUUUUUAUGUCAGGAGGGUUUGUGUUGUUUGUGUAUGCGCUGAGAGAACGACUGUGACGAUAAAUUUUCUGAGUCGUGAAGGAAGGGUCGCUUUGAGCGAGGUCGAGUACCAGAAAUCGCAUAAAACCAUGAUAAUUAAUUGACGGUAGUUAAUUGGUAGCGUCGAUUGGAACCGAGCGUAAUUUCGCCGAGUUCAAAUUUCCGUGUUGUGAAAAUUAUGAAAAUGCUCCCCCAUGAAAUUUACAUUGACGGAAAAUGAGCUCUCUUUCUCUCUCCCUCUCUCUCCCUCUCUUUCUCUUUCUCUCUUUUUCUCGAAAUUACGGCAGUUUCAAUUUUCGAUGAAUAACAUGUGUUUCUGACCCGAUCGCUCUGAUCUACAUUUCACGGUUCUUCUAUUAUUUCCUUUCCUUGUCCACACGUUCAAAAUAAGAAACCGCAAUCACUCGUUUUCCCUCGCCCAUGCCUUCAAAUCCAUCUGACUACGUUCUCCGCCGUUUUGUCGAGGUUCAUUAUAAGAGAAGAGAAAAAGGAAAGAAAAUGGAAAACAUACAGGCGUGUCAAUGGACAUUUUUAAAGUGUACUAAUAAAAUACAGUGUUUACGUUCUGGUCCGCUUCGUACAUUUUCCCUAUUGUUAUUUUUCGUUUAUAUUACGUAGGCGAUGAAUGUUUCUUCUCGAUCGUAGAACGUUCUCGUUUAUAAAGAAAAAAAAGAUAACGGCGAUAAACAAUCCGUCAAUAAUCCGGAGACUCAACCGAAAGCGUCGCAUUCAAUUUGUUUUAUGUUGCGAGAAUUAUAAACUCGCAAAAUUGUUUUGUUUUUAAUAUCGAUUCGAGAGGUAGGCUGACGAUUAUAAGGUGCUCUUGUAUUAAUUAAUAUUUUUCUGUGUUUGUGACCGAAAAAAAAGAGAAUGUAAAGCUUUAAUGCCGGAACGAUACGCUGACUUCAUUAAUCAUUAAAUCCUUUAUCGUUUUGCAACUAACCGUGCAUUCGGUCGUCGCCAAACCGUGAAAAUUGGGCUUACGUUUAGAAAUUAAUCUUUAUUUUUAUUACAUCCCUCGAAAAUUAUAAUUAAUUUUUAUUUUUAUUAAUUUUUAUUAAACUUAAAAUGAGCAAUCGAAUCAGCCCGUACAGCACAAACCUUGCAGUUACAUUGCAGCUGCAUUAUAGCAAUGUUGCAAUAUUGUAGCAAUGUUAUCGCAAUGUAACUGCAAGUUUUGUGCUGUACGGGAGUACAUUUAUUAUCUCUUUGGUUUUCUAAUUGUAAUCGAUUUGUUUGCAUUGUUGCAUUGUUCUGUUGAAGACAAACGAAUCGUUGCGGCACUCUGGCCCAAUAUAGCAAACGCAAAAGGAAAACCAAAAUGCAAAAAGCGCAAACGUGAGAUAUUCUCUCUCUCUCUCUCUCUUUCUCUUUUUCUGGUUGUUUAAUAAAAUAAUAUCGAGAAUUUAUCUCUCUCCAACUUUCAAGUUUGAUCGCCGAAACCGUAUUCCCGACGACGCCGUUUUACCGACGCACGCAGGUCAUUCGCGACUCGCAAAUAUAUUGUUACGUUUACUGCGUGAACGUAAAGCACACAUAUAUAUACAUCUAUACCAUUUCGACGUGUAUCCCGUCGUACUUCCCCCCUUUUCUCUUUCUUUUCUUCUUUUAUUUGCGAGGAUCGUGAUCUCAGCACGCACUGCCUUACGCAUUCCUUGCCUUUGAUCUCUUCCGCGCGUGGUUGCAGAAAUACGAGGAAGAGAUGCGAUUUAUCGAUCCGUUUUGUAGCUCGCCGCCCGCUUCCGUUCCUUUCCGAGCCCGCGACGAUGGCGAUUAAAUUAGGGCAUCGUUCAUCGGUCGGCGAACGAAAACGAAAACGAACUAUUGCUUAGAUCACGCGUGGAGGAAGGGAGGGAGAGAGGGAUAUACGCGGCCGCAAGUGCAAUUUCACGAACAGGACACAAAAGAAAGUAUCUUCGAAGAUCUCGCCCCUAUUCUUGCGCGAUAAAUGCGUCGGGCGGUCGGGCAUGAAAAACUCCUGACACUUUCGGAAGAUGUAGAACGUGUCGAAAGAUACAUUUACGAUAUAGGCUGUCUCGGAGGGAUGUGAAUUAGUAAUAGUUUAUCUCCGUGAUGUGUGUACAGUUGAUGCUGCUCCCUCUUUCUUUCAAAGGAAAAUAAAGUCACGACAUAAUCUCUCUUGUAAUUAAAACAUCGCUCACGAAAAUAUUAAUAAGUAAGGCACUUGCUUUUCUCGAUUUAUUUAUUAUGUAAUUAGCUGAAUUAGCUCGUGGAGCUGCAGUUGAUUUAUGAGCUUAAAUAAGAUAAUUGUUAAUUAACAUAUAUUACAAAUAGCUGAAUAGAUUAUUUUCUGUCAUCUGCUUAAGUUUUACAGCAUAAAUAAAAAGAGUUCCUCGCAGGCGUUAAAGUGUUAAAACGAUUGAAGGUUUAUCGAUAAUUAACAAUAAAACAAUGUCGAAUGAGUUGUUUCAAUAAACAGGGUGCUCCUAAAGUGUACGUUUACGACGGAAUCAUGUUUCUUUAAUAGUUAUUUCAUCUAUACUUUUUUCUCUUAUUUUAAUAUAAGUAUGUCUUUGGUGUUGAAUAACGGGAAGUAUUCUGUUAGCGAUACGAAUUACGCGCAAAAAGAAGUAAACUUAAUCGUUUCUAGUCUGUCUGCAUUGCAUGAAGACAAAUCAAUGCUUAUUUGAAAAAUUUAUUCAAUUUUAUAUAUUUAUGACUGAUAUUUUAAUGCUUUCUCGUCCUCAAAUGUUUUUAGCUGUUACUGAUAUACAUCACAUUUGAGACAGCCUGUACAUUCGUGCACACACUACUCUUUCUUUUUUUUUUCUUCCAGAAGCUGCAUUUCGCACUUCAAGUUCCGAUAAUGGACCAUCCUUCAUUGUCGAGGACGUGCAACUUAUAUAAAUUUAGUAUGAGCAUUUUAGCUAGAAGUGCCUUGUUCUCACUAAAGUGAAUCUCAACCUUGCAUUUUGCCGGGGAAAGUGUGACGCAUUUAUCCUCUGAUGGGGGAGGGGGGAGAUGUACAUGACAGAAUUAUGAACACUUCUGCAAUAUAAUUUAAUUAGUUGAUUAUAUGAACGAAUGAUGAAAGACGGGGGAAUGGAGAAGUGCUUGUAUAUGUGUGGGUGCGUAUGUGCAUGAGAGCAAGAGAGUGGUAGAGAAAGAAAGAAUGGGAGUGAUAGAGAGAGAGAGAGAGAGAGAGAGUGAGUGGGAAGUAGAAUAAUCGAUCCAAAGUUCUAUUAAUAAACGAGGCGCGAUUAUUCCUGCGAAUUAUCCUGUAAACAUUAGAUUAAUGUUUAAUUAUUUAAUUGUACAUUAACGUUAAUGUUAAUAAGUUUUAUAUCCGGAUAUAAAACGAAUGUGCAUACUGUGUAUGCGAAACGUUUUGUACAUUGCCUAUUAAAAGAUUGAUCUUUAUUAUUGUAAA